AUGUUGGAACGAAUGUUAUCAUUCUAUAUUUUUGUAUUCGUGAGCUUUACAGCUGUUGUAUUUCAAUGUGAUAGUGCUCCAAUUGUUUAUACUAUCACUUAUCAACAAUAUACAACUGUUCAAAUUGGAUGGACUCAACAACAAGUUACACAAAAUAUCGGUAGUGCCGGAAAUCUUGUGUCACAAAGUGGUACAGGAAAUACAGCUAUUACUAUUAUUAAAUAUACUGGAUCACAAUCACCUUUAGCAGUGGCUACAUUUCUUUUCCAAGGAGGAAUUCUUCUUAGUAAAGCUCAAAUUGGUUUAGACACAACAGUUUAUACAAUAACUCUAGCUCAAUAUACAGCAAUUCAAACUGAUUGGACUCGCGAUCAAGUAACAAAGUUAGUUGGUAGUGCAGGAUGUAAUGUUUCGGAAGCUGGUACGGGUAAUAUAGCUGUGAUUAUUGUUCAAUAUAAAGCAGCUGGAACUACCUUUGGUAUUGUUAGUCUUGGAUUUGUUGGUGGAAAAAUAGUAUCAAAAUUUGAAGUUGGUUUUGCUUCUACUAUUAACAAUAAAAUUAAUCUUCUACAAUAUAAUACAAUACAAACUGGAUGGACUCAACAACAAGUUACAACACUGCUUGGUGGUUCUGGUACAAUCGUUUCUCAAUCGGGAACACAAGGUUCACCAUAUCAAAUUACCAUAGUUCAAUAUGUUGGAUCACAAUCAUCUUUAACAGCAGUUACAUUUCUUUUUCAAGGAGGAAUUCUUUCAAGUAAAGGUCAAAUUGGAUUAGAUACUGGUAUUUAUACAAUGACUUAUCAACAAUUUACAACAAUUGAAAUUGGAUGGACUCGUGAUCAAGUAACAAAUGUAGUGGGUAGUGCAGGAUGUAAUGUUUCAGAAGCUGGUUCAGGUAGUACAGCUGUCAUUAUAGUUCAAUUUACAGCAGCUGGAGCUACCUUUGGUAAUGCUGAUCUUACUUUUAUUAACGGAAAAUUAACAACAAAAACUGGAAUCGGUUACUUUUUAGCUAUCAGCAACAAAAUUACUUUACAGCAAUAUAGUACAAUACAAAUUGGAUGGACUCAACAACAAGUUACAACACUUCUUGGUGGUUCCGGCACUCUUAUUUCUCAAUCGGGAGUACAAGGUUCACAAUAUCAAAUUACUAUGGUUCAAUAUAGUGGAGCUGUAUCAUCUUCAGCAUUAGCUUUAAUUACUUUUCAAGGAGGAAUUGUCUAUGGUAAAACUCAAGCUAAUUUAGAUACAGGAGUUUAUAUGAUUACUCAACAACAAUAUACAUCAUUACAAAUUGGAUGGACUCGUGAUCAAGUAACACAAUUCAUUGGUAAUGCAGGAAAUGUUGCUUCAGAAGCUGGUACAGGUAAUGUAGCUGCUGUUAGUGUUCAAUAUAAAGUAGUUGGAACCGUCAUUGGUACUGUUAAUCUUAUAUUUAGUGGUGGAAAACUUUAUAUCAAAACUGGAUUUGGUUUUAAAUAA